AUGGAGAAAUUAGACCAGCACCCAAUUGACGUUAGGUCGGUAUUACCUGUUUUGGCGGUGAUGAAGCAUGCGCCUCUAACCAGAUCCUGUGGAAAUUCCCAUUCAAUUUUUGCCUUCCUCCACCACCAUCUCAUCUAUUUCUCCGAAGAAGACGGAGGAACAACAUCAACCUCACCUACAUCUACCGUCAGCCUCACCUCCAUCACUCACCGUCGCCCACCGUCGAAGCCGUCGAAAUCAUCUGCUCCGUCGGAUUCUAGCAGCAGCAAACAUGACUUCAAAAGAUUUUCCCCAUUCCCUUCAGUGCCAUCCACCACUUCUCAUCCCACCCACCAUCAUCCUCUCCCACCUCCACCGUCGCCUACGUCCGCUAGGGUUCACCAUCUGACCAUCAUCUCCGUUUACCAUGGACACCACUAUGACCAAAGGUGGAAUUCGAUUUCAGGUAACCACAAUGGAAUUCGUCUUCAGGCUCAUCGUUGCCUCUACUUUGUAUUAAUCUUGCGGAUCAAUUCUACCACCUCCCUGCUCCAUCAAUCUUAUCCCCGUUCUCUAAAAUUGUUCAAGCUUCACACUUCUGACUUUUUUGAAGAUAUCCUUUCUCAGAUCUAGAUGAAGAUGAACCAAAUUGGAACAUGAAGGGGUUUGAAUAAGGGUUAUCAAAUUGCAUCGGGUAUCAAUCUAUUAUUUUUGUGAAAUUUACUGUAAAUCGUUGUUGAUGAAGAUCAGUUUAGGAUAGAAAGUAGGAAACUUGCUGCUCACCUAGCAUAUUCUAAAGUGGAGACAAUAAGAGGAGGUUGAAUUCAUCCGAUUGAUGGCGAUUACUUGGACCGAGCUUAGAUUAGUCUUUACAUAAAUGAUUCGCCCUUAAUGUUGAAGAGUUUUGUUAGUCAAUCUAUGCAUGCCCUUGAUGCUAGAGAGCAUGGCGUUUUUGGACAUAUUUGGCCUUUUCCGUGCUUCCAAGUUUUCCUUAAAGUGGACAAUACAAAGAAGUUAACAGGUUGAGAGUUGUUUUAUGGGAAACUUUCAUUUUGGUUUAUGUUGACAUUUGUUUUUAUUUUUAUUUUUAUUGGAUUAACUGCAAUAUAUAACAACAUACUUUCAUUGGAAGAUUAUUUCCAGAAUUUAUUGUAUAUAUGAGUUGUAGGCUUCUUACCUAUUGCUAUUAUCAGUAAAAAAAGAUAAAAAUA